AUGGAGCGAAUAGUUAUACAUAUCAAGGGGAUUUGGAUUGUGAAAGUGUAUGUUUGUCAUCAUGCAUUGAGUCAUUUUGAAGUAGAAAUUUUAUUAGUUCAAACGUUAACAAAGGUUAUCAGUGCAGCUUUACAAAUAUGGUCAUUAGAACUUGUACCUUUCUUGAGACAAUGUCCAGAAGCAGAACUUGCUAGACAAAAUCCUGCCAGCCAGAAUGCUUUUAUUUGUCAUUAUCAACAUCAUUGGUUUACAAUAAGAAAAUUAGGCCAGCAAUGGUUUAAUUUGAAUUCAAUUCUUUCUAAGCCUAAAUUAAUAUCGGAAACAUAUUUAGCAAUUUAUUUAGCUCAACUUAAAGAAGAAGGAAACUCAAUAUUUUUCAUCACUGGUACAUUGCCACGAUGUGAAGCGGAUGAAAUAUUAUCUAUUUGUCCUGUUGUUGAAGAAGAUACUUCAAAUGAAUCAUCUACAACUAGUAUAAAUCAUCAGUUAGAUAAAGAUACUGAUGUAGAUGUUGCAUUGGCUCUAAGUAAAGCAGAUGUUGAUGAUGAUGAUCAAACUUUACAACGUGUUUUACAAUCAUCGCAAAAUGAUGAUGAAGCAUUACAACAUGCUUUAAAAGCUUCAGCAAGUGAAUACAACGAUAUGUCGGACAAGCAACUACAAGAAGCGAUAGCUUUAAGCUUGAAAACUUCUAAAGACAACUAA